AUGGCCGGGGCUGUGAACCUGGUCAAGACCCCGCCGCGGGUCGAGCUCAUCGGCCACCGCCUCUUCCUCGUGCUCGUCGGGAACCUUCCCCCAUUACUGGGCUUCAUGACUGGGCAGCACGACCUCGUCUGCGACCUUCCCUCCAACCUUCCCUCUGAUGUCUCUCAGGCGAUGCUGGACGCCGCCGUCGACUUCCACACCGAGUGCGCCGAGGCGCUCGAGGAGGUCGAGUUUGUGCUUCGGCUGUCGUUCCCUCUCCUUCCGAGACUGAAACGGCUAUCCAUCAGGCCACCUCCGUCACCAGCAGCCGGAUACGAUCGCCAUUCGUUUUGUGUCAGCUAUGAGCCGACAGCCGAGCUGGAGCCCUCAGAACUUCCUCGCAUCGGUCUCGCACAGGCGCCGAUCAACAUGUUCCGCCUUUGCUACCCACCGCAAGGCCCUCGAUCACCCCCAUGGUAUCGCAGCGGCACCUUCUUUGACCUGACUGAGGGGGCUAGCCCGCGCAUGGAGGCAGGUAUGGGAGCGCCCCAAGACUUCAAGGCGCACAUGGGCCUCUACCUCCACGCUCUCGUUCGUGUUUGCCAGAUCCGGGACCAGCUCCUUCCCUCUGUCGCCACCGCCGCAGGACGAACAGGCAUCAAGCUUCAGAUGCGCGUUACCGGCGGAGACAAGCCUUCAGCUCCGCAAGUCGAGAUUGAGCAGACCGAGUCACGGCAGUUCUCCUUCGACAUCGAGAGCCUGCAGGUCGACAUUCUAGCCAACGGCGUGUUCGAGAUCAUCGCCCCGCCGACAUCUCCGCCGAGACCAUGGCACGUUCCGGCGUACAUGUACCUCGUGUCUGAGGCGGAAGCCGUGCUCGACGUGCACGCCUUGACGCCGCAGUGGCGCAUCGACGAGUUCCGUCAGCUCGCCGCCAAGACCCACGAGCUGCAGUAUCCCGCCACGCGUCAGAUCGAAGGCAUCGUGACCGCAUUCGACCCCUCCCACCCGCGGCUGCAUGAGCUGGUCCCCGUGCCGCCAAAGGUUGCUCCUGGCAUGCGCCGCAUCCGACAUGCUGUCAACACUCCAUAUACGCAAAAGUCUGAGCUCCCCCAGCUCGCGCAGGUAGGCGACGCCCGCUUCGCCCUGCACUACCCUCCCGCCGAGGGCCUGCGCCCUUCCGUGUUCAGCGUCCACAGCGACGAGCUCGACACGGACGAGCGCCUCGACGAAGAACGCAUCGUCAUGGUCGAGACGCUCGGUAUCGUCGUCCAGCAGCUUUUCGCGUGA